AUGGGUCUUUUCUCCAAAGAAAAGGUGGUUGAUCCGCCAAACAAGUCACAAAGAAAAGUAUGUUGGGAGGCACGCGAUGUGUUCUUCCAAUGUCUAGAUGCAAACAAGAUCGAUAACUCCUUGGAUCCAAAUGAGAAGGCAAAUGUUGAAUCCAAUUGUGGCAAGGAAAGGGCAACUUUCGAAAAGGACUGCGUUGCCUCUUGGUAUCAAUACUUUCAAGAGAAGCGUUACAAUGACAACCGCAGACAGAAGUAUAUCGAAAAGCUACAGGCCGAGGGCGCACAGCCUUUGCCUUUCAAAUUGGACAGCACACAAAUGAAUGUAAAUAGGAAAUGA